AUGGAUGCGGAUUUACGGCCUGCUUGGCGGCGGUGCCCAGAACCGGAUUAUCACCCCGAACAGGCGGCGCUGGAGGGCGGGGGUGGAGGCGGCGGGGAGAGCAGUUCUCCACCGCCGCUGCGCACGUCUCGCUCCCGCCUGGGCCUGGACGUCAGUGCGCCCCGGAAAGUCGGAAAGUCGGUGCGCUGGCUGGACGCUCCGCUGGCACCGGGCACUUGGCGGGGGCGUCUCAAAUGCAAAUUUCGAAAACUGACUUUCGAAGUCGUGACUCUCUCUUGGAAGUCGGCCCAGGGCCCGCAGAGGGAGGCCUACCCUGACCUAGGGGUGCGCCUCCUGGCGCGGAAAUCGGGGGCUACCAGGCCUGCCCUUUACAGUUCUCGCAUCCUGGUUUGGCUCUUUGGAAGCUGGGGACUGUUUCCGAAGAAGCUCCCGGCAGAGCCCCUCGGCUUUCCCCGUGGCUCCCAGAGUCCGGGGUGUUUCCGAGCGCCCAGCAGGGCCGGAGCAAGCGCCCCUGUGGGAUUCCGGGCCCCACCUGCUCUCCUGACCCUCCUCCAGCGAGAGCCCACUACAGCCCCACCUCAUCUCCCUUCCUCCCCCGUCCCCGACCUCGCUGGGCUUCCCUUAGAGCAGUCCUCCGGGGAGAGCGCGAUCGGCCCCCAGACGGCCCUGUGGGAGGGUUUGGGAGAUUUUCCAGGACCGUGGGUCUCUAGCCGGCUGCCCUCGGAGGGGCCAGGCGGCAGAAGCAGUGAGCUGAGGCAUCCGCGUGCGCUCAGGCGACUCGGAAGGAGGCGGGAGGGGCCCCGCAGUAGUGCCCUGGGCGCCCACCGCAAUCUGCCGCCGCAGCAGCCUCGCCUGCGGCCGCCGCAACAUUGCCCUCCCGCCGCCGCGUGGGGACGGCCUAGUCGAGUGCGACGGCGCCGACCCCGAGGCAGUGGGCAAGGCUACAUGCAAAGGGAGGACAAUUCUCGCAACCGUAGGUACAUUGUACUUGUGAGCAUCUCCUGCGGUCGGAAAGAGGUUUCCGAGGCUGUGGAGCUGAGAGAUCGCAGGUGUCUCCCAGCCCCGCUAUUCUGGGAACUGUCCUUGGUGCUGAAAAGCCAGGUGCCGGAUUGCGGUGCUCCCAGGGAAAUGAACAAACAACCGGCCAACAGCCUGGAGGCGGUGGUGGCGCCGGGCCACGACGAUGGCCCACGCGCGCCCAGGACGAGCCCGGAGCAGGAGCUUGCCGCGGCCGCCUCCGCGCCGCCGCCGCGUGUGCCCAGGUCCGCUUCCACCGGCGCCCAAACUUUCCAUUCCCCCGACGCGCGAGCCUGCGAGGCCGAGCGGCCGGGACUAGGGGCUUGCAAACUCAGUAGCCCGCGGGCGCCUGCGGCCUCGGCGGCUCUGCGGGACUUGAGCGAGGCGCACGGCGCGCAGGCCGCCCCUCCUUCGGGGGGCGCGGGGCCCGGCAACGCGCUGCACUGUAAGAUUCCGGCCCUCCGCGGCCCGGAGGGGGAUGCAAACGUGAGUGUGGGCAAGGGCACCCUGGAGCGGAACAAUACCCCGGCCGUAGGCUGGGUGAAUAUGAGCCAGAGCACCGUGGUGCUGGGCACGGAUGGAAUCACGUCCGUGCUCCCGGGCAGCGUGGCCACCGCUGCCACCCAGGAGGACGAGCAAGGGGAUGAGAAUAAGGCCCGAGGGAACUGGUCCAGCAAACUGGACUUCAUCCUGUCCAUGGUGGGGUAUGCAGUGGGGCUGGGCAAUGUCUGGAGGUUUCCCUACCUGGCCUUCCAGAACGGGGGAGGUGCUUUCCUCAUCCCUUACCUGAUGAUGCUGGCUCUGGCAGGGUUGCCCAUCUUCUUCCUAGAGGUGUCCCUGGGCCAGUUUGCCAGCCAGGGACCGGUGUCUGUGUGGAAGGCCAUCCCAGCCCUACAAGGCUGUGGCAUCGCCAUGCUCAUCAUCUCCGUCCUAAUAGCCAUCUACUACAACGUGAUUAUUUGCUACACACUUUUCUACCUGUUUGCCUCCUUUGUGUCUGUGCUGCCCUGGGGCUCCUGCAACAACCCUUGGAACACGCCAGAAUGCAAAGAUAAAACCAAACUUUUAUUAGAUUCCUGUGUGAUCAAUGACCAUCCCAAAAUACAGAUCAAAAACUCGACUUUCUGCAUGAUGGCCUAUCCCAACUUGACAAUGGUUAACUUCACCAGCCAGGCCAAUAAGACAUUUGUCAGUGGAAGUGAAGAGUAUUUCAAGUACUUCGUGCUGAAGAUUUCUGCAGGGAUUGAAUAUCCUGGGGAGAUCAGGUGGCCACUGGCCUUCUGCCUCUUCCUGGCUUGGGUGAUCGUGUAUGCGUCCCUGGCGAAAGGAAUCAAGACUUCAGGAAAAGUGGUGUACUUCACGGCCACGUUCCCGUAUGUUGUGCUUGUGAUUCUUCUCAUCAGAGGAGUUACCCUGCCUGGAGCUGGUGCUGGGAUUUGGUACUUCAUCACACCUAAGUGGGAGAAACUCACGGAUGCCACGGUGUGGAAAGAUGCUGCCACUCAGAUUUUCUUCUCUUUAUCUGCUGCAUGGGGAGGCCUGAUCACUCUUUCUUCUUACAACAAAUUCCACAACAACUGCUACAGGGACACUCUCAUUGUAACCUGCACCAACAGUGCCACGAGCAUCUUCGCUGGCUUUGUCAUCUUCUCCGUCAUCGGCUUCAUGGCCAAUGAACGCAAGGUUAACAUCGAGAACGUGGCAGAUCAAGGACCAGGCAUUGCAUUUGUGGUUUACCCGGAAGCCUUAACGAGGCUGCCCCUCUCUCCGUUCUGGGCCAUCAUCUUUUUCCUGAUGCUCCUCACUCUUGGACUUGACACUAUGUUUGCCACCAUCGAGACCAUAGUGACCUCCAUCUCGGAUGAGUUUCCCAAGUACCUGCGCACGCACAAGCCGGUCUUUACUCUGGGCUGCUGCAUUUGUUUCUUCAUCAUGGGCUUCCCGAUGAUCACUCAGGGUGGAAUUUACAUGUUUCAGCUUGUGGACACGUAUGCCGCCUCCUACGCCCUGGUCAUCAUUGCCAUUUUUGAGCUCGUGGGGAUCUCCUAUGUGUACGGCUUGCAGAGGUUCUGUGAAGAUAUUGAGAUGAUGAUUGGAUUCCAGCCAAACAUUUUCUGGAAAGUCUGCUGGGCGUUUGUAACUCCAACCAUCUUAACUUUUAUCCUUUGCUUCAGCUUUUACCAGUGGGAGCCCAUGACCUAUGGUUCUUACCGCUACCCUAACUGGUCCAUGGUGCUCGGAUGGCUAAUGCUUGCCUGCUCCGUUAUCUGGAUCCCGAUUAUGUUUGUGAUAAAAAUGCAUCUGGCUCCUGGCAGAUUUAUUGAGAGGCUGAAGUUGGUGUGCUCGCCGCAGCCGGACUGGGGCCCCUUCUUAGCGCAGCACCGCGGGGAGCGUUACAGGAACAUGAUCGACCCCUUGGGAACCUCUUCCCUGGGACUCAAACUGCCAGUGAAGGAUUUGGAACUGGGCACCCAGUGCUAG